UGAAAUAUGAUCGUCUCUCGCUCGUAAUAACGCAGCAGUGUACCACAGUUCUGACGUGCCGCACUUCUGCUUUUCGGGUCAGGGAUGCUCCACACAGACAAAGGCAGGAAGUGUCUGUGAUGUAGGUGGUAAUUAUCAUUUAAGCAGGACAACGGAAAACUUGCAGUUUUUUUCCAAAGCUUCAAUCCCCCCCCCCCCCCCCCACACACACACGCGCGCGCACAGACAGUGCCACAUCACAAGCCGCCGUUUUCAAGAAGCUUUCUGCGCCGCAACAUGCAUUCAGGAGUUUUGGUGCUGUUUCUCUCCUUGGCGAAGAGUUGCUGGUGCGCCCCGCAGCAGCAGAGCUGUGAUCCAGCAGACGAGCGUUUGGGAAGAUGCACUAACACCGAUGUGAAUGGAUAUGGAGAAAGACCUACCUGUACGGAGCUCAACCUGGGUUACUGCAAUGAUAUGGAAUACUCGAGAACCAUAUUCCCAAACAUCCUUGGCCACCGCAGUCGCAUGGAGGCUGAAUCAGGAGCUGAGUAUCUCCUCCUCAGUGUCAUUCACGGCCUGCUCAAUGGUGAGUGCACCCCUGAGAUACGUCUCGUAGGCUGCUCAGUGCUUGCCUCACCGUGCCAGAACAACAAGAUGAUCAAACCAUGCCGCAGCACGUGCGAGGCAUUGAGGAAGGACUGUAUUCAUGCCUUUGAGGCCAUUGAAAUGGCCUGGCCCUAUUUCCUUGACUGUGACCGCUUCUUUGCCAGUGAACAAGAGGGCUGCUUUGACCCACUGGCUGGGAUGAGAGCCAGACAAGAGGUAGCAAUGUCCAGCCUCUCUCCUGAAGAACCCAGCACCAUCAUCCAGUUCACCUACACCUCCAACACCCAGAUGUACGGCUUACUGAAGAGAACAGCAGCCAAGUGUUCCCAUAUCUCUCACGUCUACAGUAUCGGACGCAGCACCGAGGGCAGAGAUUUGCUGGUUAUUGAGUUCUCCAACAAUCCUGGAAGACACGAGCUACUGGAGCCAGAGAUCAAGAUGGUGGGCAACAUGCAUGGCAACGAGGUGCUGGGCCGCCAGCUGCUCAUCUAUCUGGCUCAGUACCUGUGUUCAGAGUAUACUCUGGGUAACCAGCGAAUCCAGACCCUCAUCAACACAACCCGCAUCCACCUUCUGGCCUCCAUGAACCCUGAUGGCUAUGAGCUGGCUGCCGCAGAGGUAGAGGAUAGCAAUGACCCGGAGCUCAGCAACCAGGAAGGUCACUUGCUGAACAGUUGGACCAAUGGACGAGCCAACGCUCAGAGCCUUGACCUGAACCGCAAUUUUCCAGACCUGACCUCUGGUUUCUACCGGAAUCGCCGCAGUAGGUUUUACCGCAUUGACCACAUUCCGAUUCCUGACGCCUAUUGGUUUGGAAAGGUGGCACCAGAGACCUACGCAGUGAUGAAGUGGAUCAGAUCGCUGCCCUUCGUUCAGUCUGCCAGCCUCCACGGAGGAGAGCUGGUGGUCUCAUAUCCCUUCGACUUCUCUAGACACCCCCAAGAGGAGAGGAUGUUCUCACCAACUCCAGAUGAGCAGGUCUUCAAGCAGCUGGCUCGCACUUAUGCCGACGCCCAUGCCACCAUGUCAGAUAACGACACGGAGAGGUGCGGAGCCUCUUUUUACCGAAACGGAGGCAUUAUCAACGGAGCACUGUGGUACAGUUUUGCUGGUGGCAUGUCAGACUUCAACUACUUGCACACCAAUUGUUUGGAGAUCACCGUGGAGCUUGGCUGUGACAAAUUCCCUUCAGAGGGUGAGCUUUACCCAGAGUGGAAGAGGAAUAAGGAAGCUCUGCUCAGUUUUCUUGAGUCUGUCCAUCGAGGGAUAAAAGGCAUUGUUACGGACGAAAAUGGAAAUGGAAUAAAAGGCGCGACAGUCGGUGUCAAAGGAAUUAGAAAAGAUGUCACUACAGCUGAAGAUGGAGACUACUGGCGGCUGCUGAACCCUGGUACUCACAUCCUGACAGCCACAGCCAAGGGUUAUUCCAGGGUCUCCAAGAGGGUCUAUCUGCCUCAUAGCAUGAACAAGGCCGGACGUGUUGACUUUGUCUUGAAAAAGGUUCCUGUGGAGCCAGAUUUCGACGACCACCUUUUCCCCACAGUGGACUCAUGGGAUCAAUUUGACCCCUACAACCAGUUUGAGCGCAACAGCGAUCCAGAUGUAACCGAAGAAGGGAUAGAGCGGCAGGAGAAGCCUUGGUGGUGGAACUACUUCUCCCAAUCUGGAGUUUCACCUCCACAGUGGCUGCUGCGAAAUGUCUAAACACAUUCUGGGACAAUGAUGACUCUAACAUAUACCACUGCAGAUGGAGACUGGUGAUGGACGCCACCACAUCCAGUCCCACUUGUCCUCCUAGAGGCGUCUAUGUAGCAGGAGCUGUGACACUGAAAUCCGCAAUAACACAAUAGAUUUCGGCACUUCCUGGAAGGAUGUGAAUAGGCUAUUUACACCAAGCACCACAUUUAAUCAUGGCUUGUGGGUGGAGUUUGGCCUACAUUAUUUUGCAGCUGCAAAUGAAUAAUUUAAAGUACAAAUUUGAACCACUGGGAAGUUAAGAUUUUUUCAAUGAUGUGCCAAUGAAGACCACAAAAUAAUGUGAUGCACUUAUUUGAACAUUGUGAUUAUAGAGCACGGUUUAACAUGCAUGGCAGCUGAAUAAAAUGUCAUCCAGUAUUUUGUCAUUAAAUACCACAGGUAAUUUCCCACCACAUGUUAUAGAACACAAUAUUGCCCAGCACAUUAAUGCUUGAGUUGUCAGUAAUACUGUGCCAUUUGUGGACAGAAUCAAGUCUCUCUUUGUUCGUUUUCCACAAGCAUUGACAAUAAAUAUUAAAUAUGUCUGGCAAA